AUGUCUAGCACUAGCACCCAUGUUCCCUUGCAAUUUCCCAUAAGCGCGCACGACCUUGCUCGCGUCUACAUCAAGAUGGAGCACAUCGGGGCGACAGUCCUCAAGUGCACUUUUGGCGACGACGUAGCUCUUGAUCGCGCGGAGCGUUUCGUGUUCGCCGCAGCAGACCGUGCGAUCCAAGCUGGCCAGACCGAGGACGUCUUCGUUUCCCGAUCUUACUACAGCUGGCGCGCCGCAGAGUAUGCCCCUUACGGACUGCCACCCGACGCGAUUGGGUUCGAUGCUUCCCAUGCAGGUCAGACAAGCGCGAGCGACGUCUUCGAGACCUUGCCAGACGCGCUCGGAUUGCCCUUUCCCCGCUGGUGUAUUCUGGACGUGCGGGUGCCGGACCCUACGCGCAUCAUCCCUGCGAGAAUGCUCAAUCUGUAUCUGAGUCAGCCAAUACGAAGUCAGAGUGAGUUGCAAAGAACAGACAUGCUUCCCGUAUGGUUUUGGAACAAUGACGGAUCACUCGGAAUACCGAUAACCGCUCCUACAUUCGACCGCAUUCCCGAUAUACCCACUCGUAUUCACGCGACAUCGCUGAAAGUGGGAUUCUGGUGGCAUAACUAUGGUCCUCUGGAGAAACAGAUCCAGCUGCGGACAAAGGAGUCGCGAAAGGACACGUCAGGCUACUGUGUAUCGCUGCGGCGCUUGGCGACUGCAACGUGCAAGGCCGUGAAGAACGCGAUGGCUGUGUACGAGAAUGGUGACAUCGUCACUGGGCGUACCCAGUGGGAAGAACUGCGGUGGAGGAUCGGUACCGGCCCGGGUUGUGUCAGCGUACGCGAUGUGGUGUUGCUUGGACUCGUUUACGUCUCUCCUGGUCGUGUCAUGCCUCUGCUUAGGCUUUAA